AUGUCUGACUUAAUUGCAGGGAUUUUAGAACUUUGCUUUAGCACUGAUAUGUGCUCAAUCUGCUGCUCACUGCCAGCUCAUCUACUUAAAUAUAUUGGUAAUUGCACUUGCUUUAUAGCUCGUGUAUGCUGCAAUGAUAUAAAAGCUUGCCAUUGUUCAGGCUGUGCCAAUUGCAUAUGUGAAAGUUGUGAACCUGCUUUAGAUAAUUUUUCUUUUAGUGUAGGAGAAUGUACAGGCUCUUGCUCAGUUUGAUGUGAUUGGUUUUGCAAUAAUGUGUCAUCUUAUUUUUUAAAGUUUUGUAAUCCAUGCAACUGCUUAGAACGCCUUCAUGUGCCAAUAAGAGAUUCAGAUGAAAUUCUAGGGAAUAUUGAUAAUCCAGUUUUACGAAUACUUACUCCGAAUGAUGCUAUAGGUGUGCUAAAUUUAUUUAGUCAUCCAACUUUUAGCCCUUUUUACAUUUUUGACAAAAAUGCUUUUGUUCCUGCUGAUAUGGGUGCCAUUAGAAGGGUAAAAAGCGCCAAAGGAAGAGUAAACCAAAAUGAAGAAAAUGAUGAAAAGCACAAAGAAGAAGCAAAAGAAAAUGGGAUGGGAGGAAAAAGACAUACUUUUGAUGCAAGUGACUUUAAAAUAGCUCCUAUUUAA